AUGGACAUUAAAAAUCUCUUCAACGUCAAAGAUAAAGUGGUACUUGUAACUGGUGGUAGUCGUGGCAUUGGAGAAAUGAUUGCUACGGGCUUUGUAUCAGCUGGUGCCAAAGUUUACAUCACAAGUCGCUCGGCAGAUGCAUGCGACAAGGUUGCCAAGGCGCUCUCUGAGAAAGGACCUGGCCAAUGUAUUGCUAUCCCAGCCAACUUGCAAAAAUUGGAUGAAGUCAAACGUCUUGUGGAAGAGUUAAGCAAAAGAGAGGAUCACCUCGAUGUGCUUGUGAAUAAUGCAGGUGCCAAUUGGGCCGAAUCCUUCGACACUUACCCUGAUCAUGCAUUUGACAAAGUCAUCACUCUCAACUUGAAGCGUGUUUUUAGCCUCACACAAGCUUGUUUCCCAUUGCUCACAGCCAAAUCAAGCUUGCAAAACCCUUCAUCUGUCAUCAACAUUGGAUCUGUGGAUGGUUUUCGGUCUGCUCCUCAAGAAACCUUUGCUUACACGUCCGCCAAAGCAGGACUUCAUCAUCUUACACGGCAUAUGGCCGGCAAACUUGGCCAUCGUGGAUGUGUCUUCAAUACAAUUGCACCAGGUGCCUUCCAAUCCAAAAUGAUGCGUGAGACGCUUGAGAAGUAUGGUGACUCGAUCCGUGCAAAGACACCUGUGGGCCGUAUUGGAUCUCCAGAAGACAUUGCUGGUACCUGCAUUUACCUCGCUUCGCGUGCUGGUCAUUACACAAAUGGUGCAACCAUUGCCGUGGAUGGCGGCGCUCUCUGUUUUGCAAAGAUGUAA